AGAAAGUGGUAGGGGGUACUGUGUGUGGUAUGAGAAAGAGGGGAAAGUAGGUGGCUAUGGCUCUACCUAGGACCGGGGCUCAGAAGGAGGCAAGAAGUCUUGAAGGGGAGCUGGGGCCAUGGAUUAAGAUGGAAGGAACAUUUGGCGCCACCUCCUCACUCUGGACACAUACCCAGGAGAGUAAUCCUACCAACCUCUGCAUCAGCCUCAGCAUUACCGGAUAUCUGCCCCAACCGACAAGGAGCUGCUAUGAUCUGGUUGUGAAUGCAAAACACACUGAAGAGACUGCAGCCGGCGCGCACCUCCUUGUACAGCUUACGGUGACAUCAUCACAAGCAUGUGUGACAUCACAGGGUUCUAAACCAUCUUCAGUGAAAUUCCGAGUUGUUUCCCUCAAUGAGAAUUUCCAAGCAGGAAAGACCCAGUUACCAGCUGUAGAGUUACAGGAUCCAGAGAAGAACCUAAUCGGUCAGUGGCUGAACGUGAGUCUCAGACAGGGAAUUGCUGAGCUCUCGCUUCCUCUCUCCUCUGAGCCUCAGCUGGGAGAAUAUUCAGUCAGAGUGAAGGACACAGUGGACACAUUCAGUGUGGAAGAAUAUGUUCUGCCAAAAUUUGAAGUAACUCUUAAUUUUCCUAAAGUUAUUGUGAUCACUGAUGAGAAAUUCACAUUACAAGUGUGUGGCAGUUAGAAAAGGAGAAAUUGAUAAAAAGAAGUGAAAUCCAGAUUGACAUGGUGACCUUGUAUCUGCAGGAGGUGAGAUCACAUACAUGACAUUCACUAGAAGAGCAGCUGAUAAGUACUAAUAACGCUUGUCUAUAUAUUAUAUUCGGAGUAAGGCUAGUUUUCUACACAGGUUUUACUGGCAUUUUAUAUGGAGAACCGCCACUGCAGUUUUUGAGCCAAAGCCAGAAGUGGAUUCAAAAGGAAUAGGACAUAUAAAGGAAGGACUUACAGUGACCCCCCGACCUACUAUGGCCCCGACAUAUGAUCAUUUCAACAUACGAUGCUUUUCUAUGUCGGGGCCAUCGCACAAACGGCUAUCCGACAGCGCAGACUGCUUCAGCUGCCGCCGGAUAGCCAUUUACGGUGCCCCAUGUGGUCCGCUGACGAUCACUUACCUGUCCUCGGGGCUCCGGCACGUCCUGCAUCGUCGGCACUCUCCAUCGUCAUCAUCACGUCGCCGCGCACGUCGUCCCGUCAUCCAAUAGGCGACGGAGAGCAGCGACGGAGAGCGAGGAUGACGGGGAAGCAGAGGCAUUGCCGGAGCGUCGGGGACACCCCGGGGAUGCGGCGAAAGCGAUGGAAGGCGACAUCCAGGGCAGCGGUGACGUGCGAUGACGAUCCGGAGCGGUGGG